AUGCGGUUCUCCCUCUCCGCCAUCAUGUUCGCGGCCAUGGCGUCGGCCAGCAGUGCCCCCAAGUAUCGCUCUGUGGGGGGCAUCGACAGACGCGUUGGCGCGACCGCCGAGCUGCGCGAUCUCCGCGACGUCGGCUCCUCUUCGCCCCAGGUUGCAUGGGGCAACAUGACAACAAUACCGCCCAAGCGCCCGAACAAGCCUGGAGAGUGUCCUCCGUGCUUCAACUGCCUUCUUCCUGCAUUCAACUGCGGCCAGUUUGGUGACUGUAAUCGCUAUGACGGGCAGUGCAAGUGCCCGCCCGGCUUUGGUGGCCAAGACUGUCUCACACCACUGUGUGGUGCCCUCACCGAUGGCGACGCGCGGUUCCCCCGCCCUGACGGCAAGCUGUGCGAGUGCAAGGAUGGGUGGGGCGGCAUAAACUGCAACGUGUGUAAGGACGAUCAGUCGUGCGCCGGGUUCAAGCUUCGCAACCCCAUCGACGGCGUGGUUCCACCAUCCGGUGGCUCUGUCCCCGACGAUGAUGAUGAGGAAGAGAACCCGAUGGUUUGCUACAAAGGCGGUCUUGCCAUUGAGCAGAACUUCCAGAUGUGCGAUGUCACCAACCGCAAGAUCAUUGACACGAUUCCCGACAACAAGCCUCCCCAGGUCACUUUCAGCUGUACCUCCGGUGGUCCCACGGGAAACGCGUCGUUUGUCAAUGGAGGACUGGGCUUUGGAUUCCUCGAGGACAACAUGGAACCUAGCGACGAGCUUGGCUCGUGCAGUUUCCAAUUUUGGGUCGACCGUAUCGAGUCGUUCUACUGCAAGCUUGACCAGUGUAGCUGGUCGUCCGUGGACAAUGCCAACACCAACGAAACUCACUACGCAUGUGAGAAGAUUGAGUGCGCGUGUAUUGCCGAUCGCUUCCUUUGUGGAGAGAACGGCAGCGUCAACAUUGACGACUUUCUCAACGAGGAGGUCAAGGGCCCUGCCGACUUCAAGUGUAUCACUGGCCAGGGCUGCUCAUUUGAGGAGCCCGCAAUGAACCAGCUCAUCAACGACAUCUUUGGUGACAGCUCCAUUACCCUCGACUGCGAGUCUGGCGAGUGUCUCCACUACAGCCAGGUGCCAGGCUACAACCCGCCUCCAAAGCGCGACAACUCGUCCAUGGUUGCGUUGAGUGCUGCUCUGGCAGUCGCUGUAUUCCUUGGCAUGGUUAUCAUGCUCUGGUACGUGAACCGCACAAACGGCCGUGGUGACGGUCUCGCCGGUGUCAAGCUUCCCGAGGACGAGGCAGCCAAGCUCAUGUCCGACCACGUUCCUGCCACCCUUCAUUUCUCCAACAUUUCCUACACUCUCCCAACUGGCAAGGCCGUCCUGUCGCAUGUGACUGGAACCGUUCGCCCAGGAGAGAUUCUUGCCAUCAUGGGUGCGUCGGGCGCGGGCAAGUCGACUCUUCUCGACAUUCUCGCCCACAAGGCCAAGACCGGCAAGGUCACUGGCGACAUGUACGUCAAUAGCCGCGAGCUUGACAGUACUACUUUCCGCCGUGUCGUUGGUUAUGUGGACCAAGAGGACACACUCCUGCCCACUCUCACUGUCUACGAAACAGUCCUCUACUCUGCGCUCCUCCGUCUCCCCAGGGACAUGAGCUACGAAGCAAAGGUCUACCGCACCCUCGAGACCAUGAACGAGCUCGGCAUUCUUGGUAUUAGGGACUCGCGCAUUGGCGAGAGCGGCAAGCGCUCCAUCUCUGGCGGCGAGAAGCGUCGCGUGUCGAUUGCCUGCGAGCUUGUUACUGGCCCAUCGAUCCUGUUCCUCGACGAGCCCACUUCGGGUCUCGAUUCGUACAACGCUUACAACGUGAUUGAUGCUCUCAAGACUCUUGCCAAGCAGUACAACCGCACCGUCAUCUUCACCAUCCACCAGCCCCAGUCCAACAUUGUUGCCCUCUUUGACCGCCUCCUUGUUCUCGCCAAGGGCCAGCUCGUUUACUCUGGCGAGGCAACCAAGGCUGUGUCUCACUUUGAGGCCAUCGGCUACCCCUGUCCGCCAGGCUACAACAUUGCCGACUAUGUCAUUGACCUCACUGUCGAGGCUUCGGGUGACGCUCGCAAGCCCACAGCUAGUGGAUCGGACACGCCGGCAAUUGAGCCAUCGUCAUCUGGCGGUGGCAACGACGAUCCCGAGACUGGUUUUGCUUCGCCUUCAACUGGUGUUGAAUCUACGGAGCGUCCUUCUGGUGUCCAAACCAAGGCAGCGCGUCUCCUGGGUGCCUUCUCCACGUCAUCGGGUGCCAGCACGCCGGCCACAGGUGCCGACCCGAAUGCCAUCCCCGAAGCUCUGGCUGCUCUCGUCCUUGCCACCCGUGCCAGCGACGGAGCAAAGAUUGUUGAGGCGGAGAUCACCCGUAUCGAGGCUGGUGAGCCCGCAGACGGUAUCACGACUGGCGAUCGCGAUGUGGUCGAGGAGAUGGGUCUUCUCAGGGGCUACAAGAAGGCGAGCUUUUGGACCCAGUUCAAGAUUCUAUCCAGCCGCGCGUUCAAGAACUUGUACCGCAACCCGAUGCUCAUGGCCGCCCACUAUGCCGUGGCUGUUGUUGUCGCGCUCCUGUGCGGUUUCUUCUUCUAUGGCGUCACAAACGACAUUCCUGGUUUCCAGAACCGCCUUGGUCUCUUCCUCUUCAUCCUCUCGCUCUUUGGAUUCUCGACCUUGUCGUCCCUGGGCAUCUUUGCAAACGAGCGGAUGUUGUUUAUGCGCGAGCGUGCCAACGGCUAUUACACCCCAGCUGCCUACUUCAUCUCCAAGGUCAUGUUCGAUAUUGUCCCGCUGCGUGUCGUCCCUCCGUUUGUGCUCGGCUCCAUCGUGUACGGCCUUGCUGGUCUGAACCCGGAGUUCAGCUGCUUCUGGAAGUUUAUCAUGAUCCUCAUCCUCUUCAACCUAGCGGCCGCAAGCAUUAUUCUCUUCCUCUCGGUCGCCGUCGCGGACUCGGGCGUGGCCAACCUCUUGGGCUCGCUUGUCAUGCUUUACAACCUUCUCUUCGCUGGUCUCUUGAUGAACUAUGACCGCGUCCCGGACGGUUUCAAGUGGAUGUUGACUCUUUCAUUCUUCCACGCUGCGUACGAGGCGCUGCUUGUUAACGAGCUGCGUUACCUCCAGCUCAUUGAACACAAGUUUGGCCUCGACAUCCAGGUGCCAAGCGCAACCAUCCUCUCAUCGUUUGGUUUCCACGCCCAGGCCUUCUGGUUCCCAGACACGGCCCUCCUCGUUGUCGUGUUUGGCAUCUUUAUUAUCGCCAGUUUCGUCGUGCUCCAGCUGUUCGUCAAGGAGCGCCGUUAA